GUUUAAUCUUAUCGCUAGAUGGCAGUCUAAAGCAACAAAUUGUUCAUCCGGAUUCAAAAUAACCUCUUUUCUGUGGCGUGUAAUAAGGAACGUUUUGUAAUACCUUACAAAAAUGGCUAUCCGACCGGUAUAUAGGCCUACAAUCGUUAAGAAGAGGACGAAGAAGUUUAUUCGUCACCAGAGUGACCGAUACAGUAAAUUGAAGAGAAACUGGCGCAAACCGAAAGGUAUUGACAACAGAGUUCGUAGGCGCUUUAAGGGGCAAUACUUGAUGCCCAACAUUGGUUAUGGAAGUAACAAAAAAACACGUCACAUGCUACCUACUGGUUUCAGAAAAGUUUUGGUACAUAACGUCAAGGAAUUAGAAGUAUUAAUGAUGCAAAAUCGUAAAUUCUGUGCUGAAAUUGCGCAUGGUGUAAGCAGUAAAAAGCGUAAGAGCAUUGUUGAGCGUGCCCAGCAACUUUCUAUACGUGUAACUAAUGCCAGUGCAAGAUUACGUUCUCAGGAAAAUGAAUAAGAUUAUUUCUGAUUUAAUAAAAAAAUGUUUAAACUGU